CAGGCAUUGUUUGGUGACAAAAUGUUCUACUCUCACACAUUGUUUGACCAAUUUAUUGCCACCAAAGUGUGCAACCAGAAGAUAUUCUAUCCUGUGUGCAGCAAGCUCUUAUUUACUAUAACUGGAUAUGAUCCAAAAAAUUUAAACAUGAGUCGCUUGGAUGUUUACAUGGCACACAGCUCCGCAGGAACAUCUGUACAGAAUAUGCUUCACUGGGCCCAGGCUGUUAAUUCUGGUCAAUUUCAAGCUUAUGAUUGGGGAAAUCCUUAUGAGAACAUGAUACACUUCCACAAGCUUACACCUCCUUUAUACAAUGUUACUAAGAUGGAAGUCCCAACAGCAAUAUGGAGUGGUGGACAGGAUGUUGUGGCUGAUGCUAAGGACACCGAAAAUUUACUCCCUAAAAUUGCCAACCUUAUUUACUACAAGAUGAUUCCAUACUACAAUCAUAUGGAUUUUUACCUUGGACAGGAUGCACCCUGGGAAAUUUAUCAAGACCUAAUUGGAAUGAUGGAGGAAUAUUUGCAAAAUUAA